CUGAACAGUCCCUUGCCUGGAUCUUCUAAAGGUGCAGAGUCCGGCACUUCGUAUAUCUCUUACCCCAAUGGAAGGCCAUUCAUAAAUUCUGAUUUCCAGAGGUCUCCAGACAGACCAGGUCACGCCUAUCCAGAGAGCAAUGGCAGAGCAAUAAUCUCAGCUUUAAAGAAUCUUCAGGAAAAGCUCCGCCAGCUGGAACUGGAUCGGCAGAAAGCCGAGGAGAACAUAAAGCGGCUGGCAAAGGAGUCUUUGGAUUAUAGGGAGCAGCUGGAUGAGCAAAGACAGUCUAAGGACAACAUGGUGGAUGAUGUGUCUAGAAAGAAUAAAGACCUCACUAGACAGCUGUUGGCAGCUCAGUCCCGAUGCAGCCUUUUGGAAAGACAGCUGGAAUACAUGAAAAAGACGGUACAGAAUGCAGAGAGUGAAAGGAAAUCUGUGCUGCAGACACAGGUGACCCUUGAAAGUGACAAAGCACUAGAGAAAAUUAAUUUGCAAGAGAAGCUAGAUAAACUGGAACAAGAAUACUUAAAACUAACUACAAUACAAGUUGUAUCAGAGAAUAAAAUCCGGGACAUUGAACAGAAGCUAAGGGAAGAAGAACGACACCGGAAACGGAUUGAAGAGAAAGCAACUCAGUUGCAGUCAAGUCUGGAAACCAACAGAAUUCUUUUCAAAUCUUUAACCUCCGUCACAAAAGAUGCAAAGAGCGCAAAGCCCACAUCUUAUACUGAGCAGAAGGCCAGCUCAUUAAGCCAUAGCAGACAGACACAACCCCACUACAGGCUAAGCCUUGGAGAUGUUCCAUUUGUGGCAGGCAAGUCAACAGCUCCAAGCCAUUCA